AUGACCAGCAGUAGCAAGGUUUUCAACGUUUCCGUGUUCUUUGUUGUGUUCAGAGAAUGUCUGGAAGCAGUGGUGAUUGUUUCUGUUCUUUUGUCGUUUUUGAAGCAGUCCGUUGGUGCCCAGGACAUCAAGGUCUACAAGAGGCUGCGUAGACAGGUGUGGUUCGGAGUAGCACUUGGUUUGUUCCUGUGUUUAGCCAUUGGUGGUGGUUUCAUCGGUGCUUACUACAGCCUGCAGAAUGAUAUCUUUGGUAGCGCAGAAGAUCUGUGGGAAGGUAUUUUCUGUAUGAUUGCAACUGUCAUGAUUUCGAUCAUGGGUAUUGCAAUGCUGCGGAUCAACAAGUUGCAGGCCAAAUGGAGAGUCAAGAUUGCGCGUGCCUUGCUAGACGUGCCAGAACGCAAGAGAGACCGUUUCAAGAUCGGUCAUCUGACCAGACACUACGCAAUGUUCCUGCUACCGUUCAUCACGGUGCUGAGAGAAGGUUUGGAAGCCGUUGUAUUCGUGGCCGGUGCUGGUAUUACAACUCAGGGCUCCCGUGCAUCUGCUUAUCCACUACCUGUCGUGGUCGGUUUGAUUGCCGGUUCUCUAGUGGGUUUCAUUCUUUACUACGGUACUUCCAAGUCCUCGAUGCAAGUCUUUCUGGUCGCUUCCACUUGUAUUCUGUAUCUGAUCAGUGCCGGUCUGUUCUCCAGAGGCGCCUGGUAUUUCGAAAACUACAGAUUCAACAAGGCCUCCGGUGGUGACGCUUCAGAAGGUGGUGACGGUAACGGUUCCUACAACAUCAGAAAGGCCGUGUAUCACGUUAACUGCUGUAAUCCAGAAUUGGAUAACGGUUGGGAUGUUUUCAACGCCCUGUUGGGAUGGCAAAAUACUGGUUACCUGUCGUCGAUGUUGUGCUACAACAUUUACUGGCUAUGUCUGAUCAUUGUCGUCGGCUUGAUGAUGUACGAAGAGAAAAGAGGCCACUUGCCAUUCUGCAAGAACCUCAAGCUCCGCAUGUUGAUGCCAACAUACUGGCUCAAAAACAAGAAGAAGAAUGAGAUGACCGACCGUGAGCGUGAAGACCUUUUCCAGAGAGUUGAGCAACUACAAUUCAAUGAGCAGGGUGAGCUAGCUCAACAGGAAAAGGGUCAAGUCGUGAAGACCGAAACCCCUGAUCAUUCUGACUCCAACGCUUCUUCAUCCGCCAAGAAGGAAGGAAACAUGGUAACCGUCCAGUCCAAAUAA